GAGACAAAUGAAUCUAUAAUUUCCUGCAGGAUCAUCUUUUUUUGCUGUUCUCUGCGUCCACGUUGUUUCAAUCCGUUCUCAAGAGUCCUCUUCUAUCCCUUGACACGCUCUUUCUUUUACUCUCGUUCUUUGGGCUUUCUUCCAAACCUCGACAAUGCAUUCCUCACUGGCUCUCCUGGUGCCCCUUCUAGCCGUCUUGACGUCGGUUUCAGCUCAAACCUGCAACCAGACUAGCCUCUGCCCUUCCACGGCUCCCUGCUGCAGUGAAUACGGAUUCUGUGGCAGUGGAUAUUAUUGCCUUGGAGGAUGCAAUCCCCUCUACUCUAAUUCUCUGGACUCUUGUAAACCAAACCCCAUAUGUGAAAGCGCUAAUUAUACUCUCGUAGACACUUCGCGCAUUCUUACAAACUACACUUACUUUGAAGGUAACGCCUCCGAAUAUGACUGGGUCGUCGAGGAAGGCACCAUUAUGAACACCACCUCCUCUGGAGAGGCUGCCCUUGCCUUGCUUUUGACCGAAAACGGGGGUGGCACUUUAAUGUCGUCAACCAGAUAUGUUCAUUACGGCAAGAUCACCACUAGACUCAAGACUGGUCGAUGGGCAGGAGUUGUCACGGCCGCUAUCACCAUGAGUAGCAUCAAAGAUGAGAUUGACUGGGAAUUUCCUGGCAAUCAAACCACUACAGGGCAGACUAAUUAUUUCUGGCAAGGUGUCAUCCCUCCGCAGACAGCUGGUGUCACCGAGACUGGUUUGUCGGAUACUUACGAUAACUUCCACGAUUACACCGUCGACUGGUCACCCAGCUCUCUUACUUUCCUCGUUGACGGAAAUGUUACGCGUACUAUCAUGGCUUCCGACUGUGUAGAUAACUCCACUGGCGUUAGUCAAUACCCGAACACGCCUAGCCGAAUUCAGCUGAGUAUUUGGCCUGCUGGUAUAUCUUCUGAGCCCGAAGGGACCGUCGAAUGGGCAGGAGGCAUGAUCAACUGGAACGACCCCGAUUAUGUUUCAGCCGGCCACUUCUAUGCUCUCUUCCAAUCCGUUUCUGUGGAAUGUAAUGAUCCCGUUGCACCCAAUGCAAGCGACACGGGUUACGUCUACGGACCUAACGCCACCCUCGAUACCCCCUCCAUUACCUUUUCCAACACAACCACGGAACUCAACGGCGGCGCCAUGAUUGGCGCCGGUCUCGGAGGCGUGCAAGGUUUCCUCGUUGCGAUUUCGAUUAUGUUCGCCUUAGCUGUACAUGUGUUCUAAGUGCGUGCGAGUCGACACAUCGAACUUUUUGGUGUCAUGGCUGGAUGCACAGCUGUAAAAACAGCUGUACGGACUAUUGUUCAUUUUGGGAUACCCGCAGAUAAAUACUUUUUUUGUCGAGACUAUAUCUCUCAAUUUCCGCUAAUGUAUCUGCGCGUUUGGUUUUAUUGGGGAGCUUGCCUCCUAUCUAUGACAUUCAAGUCGCCAAAAUGUCCUUGGGCUUAUAACAUCG